GCAGUUUACUGUAGGAGUUGCAGUGUUUCGAGGGUUUUUUCAGGGUUUUCGUCGUUGAGGGACCAGCUGAGCGUGUGUAUGAGCGCUGGAUUUGGUGUUACCAGGCUCAUAGCCUCUCUACAGCUUCGGAGUUGCCUGUCUGUCUGUCUGUCUGCACUACUGUUGAGUUGGGGUUUCGAAGCUGAGGCCAACAUGGUGUCUGGGCCCGUGGUAAAUGUGUAUCCGCUGUCGAGUUAUACGUUUGGCAGCAAGGAAGCCAAGAUGGAGAAGGACACCUCUGUCGCCGAUCGUCUUGCUCGCAUGAAACAGAAUUACAUGAAGGAAGGUAUGCGGACAAGUGUGGAGGGGAUUUUGCUGGUUCAAGAGCACAAUCAUCCUCAUGUCUUAUUGUUGCAAAUUGGUAACACUUUCUUCAAGCUUCCUGGUGGGCGCCUAAAGACUGGGGAAAAUGAAAUUGAGGGUCUCAAACGGAAGCUUACAAGCAAGCUUGCUCCAACAGCCUCUUCUAUACAACCAGAGUGGCAGAUAGGAGAAUGUGCCGCUAUGUGGUGGCGCCCAAAUUUUGAGACUUUGCUAUACCCUUAUCAACCUCCCCAUAUCACCAAACCCAAGGAAUGCAAAAAGUUGUUUGUAGUCUGCCUAUCCGAGAGACAGUAUUUCGCUGUUCCCAAGAACUUGAAACUUCUAGCAGUUCCUUUGUUUGAGCUCUACGACAACGUUCAGAGAUACGGUCCUGUGAUUUCUGCUAUUCCUCAGCAGUUAUCCAGGUUUAACUUCAACGCCAUCAACAACUGAUUUGUGGGCUAUCUUCCAUCUUUGCUUGGAAUUUGCAAAAUCGCAAUGUUGUACAGAUUCUCACUAGAUUGUCCUCUGACCAAUUCUCUCAAAGGAAUACAGAUUCCACGUUAACAAUGUGGAAUGUGGAGGGUAUCGCUUUGGUUACUCCAAGCUUUAACGGACAAUAACAGCAUAGCGGUUGAACUGUUUAAAUUAUGAAGUAUUGAGAAACUGGUACGGACAUUGUUUUGACUCACGCUGGAGAAGAGCAGUAUUGUGAUUUUCGCACCUUGGGGUGGAAUAAUCGCGCUUAAAAAGAGCAUCAUUGUGAUUUUUACAAACUUGUAGUUCCCCUUUCUCUCCCUUUGAGUCCACCGAAAGCAGCUGGCCUGUCGCCGAUUUGGCAACAGGAAGUAUGUAUGAUUAUACCAAUAUCGCUUCAAGAGACUGGUCAGGUGUGUACACUUGCACUCUGGACUUCGUGAGUUGUGUAAAAAUUCGUUGUAAAAGGGUCGUGCUGUAUGCGUUUCA